UUCAUUUCAAUAUUACGCUUGUGGUGUCCGGUCUUAUUUCGUGUCUUUCGGAAUGUAAUAAAUAAGAAAAACUGUUGAUUUCGAAUAAAAUCCGUGUUUAAGUAUAAUUCAGUUCAGUAUAAAUUCAAUGUGACUGUGAUUGCAUAGUUCCAAAGCGGUUUCAUAAAAUUAUUUGGUAUUUUGGUGUCACGAUCUGCUAUAAACAAUGAAGCUGUUGAUAUCGUUAGUUAGUUUAAUUCACGUUAUAAUUGUUGGAGCUGGUCAAACACCGACACCGAUUGUGUUAUGGCAUGGAAUGGGUGACACCUGCUGUGCGUACUACAGUCUUGGUGGCUUCAAAACAUUCCUAGAAAAACAGAUACCAAAUGUAUAUGUCACGUCCCUACGGUUUGGGAACAACACUAUUGAGGACCGGGAGAGUGGUUUCUUCAUGAACCCUAACGACCAAGUGGAGUAUGCCUGCAGAAUACUUGCGGCAGACCCUAAAUUAGAAAAGGGCUUUCAUGUGAUUGGUUUUUCACAGGGAUGCCAGUUUUUGCGAGGCAUGAUCCAACGUUGCGGCCACAAGUUGCCUCCAAUCAAGAGCUUCAUUUCCCUUGGUGGGCAACACCAAGGCGUCUACGGACUUCCUCACUGCAUGGCGGUGUCACAUAAAACCUGUGACUAUAUCAGAGAGCUACUAAACUAUGCGGCUUAUCAGAGAUGGCUCCAGUUAUCUUUGGUCCAAGCUACUUACUGGCACGAUCCGCUCAGUGAGGAAGAAUACAAGAGGAAGAGCAUCUUCCUCGCUGAUAUCAACAACGAGUUGACGAUCAACGAGACAUACAGAUCAAACUUGCAAAAACUGGAGAGCUUCGUUAUGGUGAAGUUCGACAGAGACAGUAUGGUGCAACCGCGAGAGUCGGAAUGGUUCGGAUUCUAUAAACCUGGACAAGCCUCUCAGCUGCAGACUCUACAGCAAUCUAAAAUCUACACUGAGGACCGGCUUGGGCUGCAGGCAAUGGACCGCGCCGGCAAACUCGCAUUCCUGUCCCAGCCCGGUGACCAUCUACAAUUCGACGAGACGUGGUUCAUCGAUAACAUCAUCAACAAAUACCUUGUUUAGUUAAGAGCAAAGAGGAUCGAGUAUUAUAGAGAGUUACUGUCGAAGUAAAAUGUGUAAUCAGUGCAUAGACGGCCAUCUCUUGACACAGGCUUAAAACUUUUGAACCUCAGUUUUGACAAUUUGGCCCAU